GUUGUUAACAACUGUAUUCUGGGACUAUAAGAGCGCUUGAAACUGUUUAUUCCAGUAGUUCUAGGUGAGUUACUGGAAAGCUUCAACGAAAUUUACCAUGAUUUUGACCAAAACAGUUGCUUUAACUCUGAUCGUUGCUCUUGCAGUGUUCGUCGCCGCCCAACGAAGACCCCGAAGAGGCAGAGGAAACAAUCCGGAGGCACAAGCGCUGAAGAAGGAAAUCAGGAAAAAUAUUUUAGCCAAAAUUGCCAUCCAAUAUGGCGUUUCGACGCCGGCACCGAACGACACCAACCCGACCCAAACGCUGGUCCAGGCGAUCCGACUGAAGAAGCUACAGGACAUUGUCAACAGUACAGCGGCUGAGGCAGCCAACGCGACUGCCAGCACUUCUACUCCUGAAUCUGCGAGUAAUUCCACCAGCACCAGUUCAAACAGCACUAGUAAUUCUUCCACUAAUUCUACUGGGGCCAGCUCAAACUCCACCGGAACUAAAGACUAACAUCAAUACAACUUUUUUGAGCAAUUCUUGUUUUUUUUUUAAAAUUUAUAAAUAAAAUUAAAUAAUAUUGUGCACAAGAUAAUUUUCGAAUUAUCUGAACAUGGUAUAUUUGUAAUUAUUUGAAUAUGAAUUUGUUGUCUUCUUUUUCAAAAAUUGUCACAGACCCAAUCUUGCAACAAUCUAAUUGUAAAAAUAAACAUAGGUACUUUGAUGACAUGAUUUAAGGAGAAUUUUUAGGAUACUAAAAUGUGUGUUAUAAAAACCUUUUGCAAAACGCUCUGGUUAAUAUGAACCGUUGAUAUAGAAUAGAUUUAAUCUGUUUAAAUCACUAAAAAUUUGCCCGAAAAUUUGAGAAGCAACUGAGUUUCAAAAAACAUAAAAAAUAAACAAUUUAACAAGCA